UGUAGAUAAGCUAGAACCUAGGAACUUGAAACUAGAAAAUAUCUUUGAAAUAAUAAAAUGCUAUGCUGCUUAGAGAGGAUUGAGGCUGGGUUUCACAAAAAGUGAAGCCAUACUGUCUGCGCAUCCUCAUACAGAAGAUGCACAGGGAGAAGGAACAGUUCGUAACAACCAGGAGGGCCAGUAAUGCAGUAUGAAUUGCUCUGAAGUUCUGUGUCACAAUAAGUGAAGCCAUGCUAUUCCUCGUGCAGAAGAUGCAGAGGGAGAAGGGGCGAUCAGUAACAACCAGCAGAACCAGCGUGAAUUACUCGGAGGUGAGUUCAGUGGACGACGGUCAGGAGAUGGAGUUCGGGGGAGCGUCGUGCUUUGCGCAGUACCGCCGCUGGUUGUUCGGGGUCAUCGUGCUCACCUCCGUCAUCUACGUCUGCCUGCUCACCAAACCGACGCUCUAUGAGGAGAACCAUACAUACAGGUUCUUCAAGAAGCCAGUGCCGGCGCGUGCCAGCCUCUCGCUCAUCUUCCCGGCGGCGGGGCCGUCGCCGCGGCCGACCGACCCGACGUCGCAGCUCAUCGACCUGCGCGACUUCCACUACACGAUCAACAAUGACAUCUGCGACGUCGACGACGUCUUCAUCGUCUCGUUCGUGCACUCGGCGCCGGCGAACGCGCACAACCGCGAGGCGAUCCGGCGUGCGUGGGGCGGCCGCGACGUGCUGGCGUCGCGCGGCCUCAAGACGCGCCUCGUCUUCCUGCUGGCGGCGGUCGCCGACGCGCGCAUGCAGAGCGCCCUGGAGGCCGAGAACCGGCACCACCACGACAUCGUGCAGGGCAGCUUUGUCGACGCGUACCGCAACCUCACCUACAAGCAGGCGAUGGGCAUGAAGUGGGUGGCGACGUACUGCGCGCAGGCCGAGUUUGUGCUCAAGUCGGACGACGACACGUGGAUUGACAUGUACCAGGUGGCGCAGCUGCUGCUGCCGCGGCGUGGACAGAAGCGCCUGUGCCUGUGCAAUGAGUGGAUCGGCAUGCCCGUGCUGCGGGACCGCGCCUCCAAGUGGUACGUCUCGGAGGCAGAGUACGAGGGCAGAGUCUUCAAGCCGUACUGCUCCGGCUGGGCGAUGCUGCUCACGACGGACGUCGCGCGUGGGCUCGACCACAUAGCGCCCUCUAUGCCCUACUUCUGGAUCGACGACGUGCACGUGUCGGGGCCGCUGCUCGACAAGAUCGGCGUGAAGCGCAUCCAGCUGAACCAGUACUUUGUGUUCGGACACGAGCCGCUGCUCAAGUGGGCGGAGGACGCCGCUGACGAGACGCCGGUCAAGUUCAUAUUCGGCACGACGUGGGGCAAGGACGACAUCAUGAGCAAGCUGUGGGAGAAGACGGUGCGAGUGCACGAGAAGCUGAGGCUGGCGGGCAAGACCACGUAGCGCCACCUGGUGAUCAGGUACGAGAAGCUGAGGCUGGCGGGCAAGACCACGUAGCGCCACCUGGUGAUCAGGUACGAGAAGCUGAUGCUGACGGGGAAGACCAUGUAGCGCCACCUGGUGAUCAGGUACGAGAAGCUGAUGCUGACGGGGAAGGCCACGUAGCACACCAUCGUCUAUGAUGAGGAGCAAGAAGCUGAGGCUUGCAGAGAAGGUUAUCAAGUGCAGCAUUGUCUAUGAUCAGUCUGGUGAAAGAACACUGAAAGCCGAGGCUAGUGGGGAAGACCACAUAACACUAUUUGCUUCCUGGGGAACAGACGAGAUUGUAGACAGUUUCAUCUAUUGGAGGUGCUGCUAAAUUAAGCUCCAAAAGCUAGUCGCCUAAUAAACUUUCAUUGUAGUUUGAAG